CCGGGGCUGUGCGGUGCGCGCGCGGUGUGCGUCUUGUGUAUGCGCGCGAGUCGGGUUUCCCAGGCGCCGAGCACCCCCCGCACCUCCGUCCCUCCUUGCACCGCCUCGCAGCCAUGGGGCAGAACGACCUGAUGGGCACCGCCGAGGAUUUUGCAGACCAGUUCCUGCGAGUGACGAAGCAGUAUCUCCCCCACGUGGCCCGCCUAUGCUUGAUCAGCACGUUUCUCGAAGAUGGCAUCCGUAUGUGGUUUCAGUGGAGUGAGCAAAGGGACUACAUAGACACCACGUGGAACUGUGGCUACUUCCUGGCGUCCAUCUUCGUUUUCAUUAAUCUCUUCGGACAGUUAAGUGGCUGCAUCCUGGUGCUGAGUAGGAACUUUGUCCAGUAUGCCUGCUUUGGAUUAUUUGGAAUUAUAGCAUUGCAGACAAUUGCGUACAGCAUUUUAUGGGAUCUGAAGUUUUUGAUGAGAAACCUUGCUCUUGGGGGCGGUUUGCUGCUGCUAUUGGCUGAGUCUCGAUCCGAGGGGAAGAGCAUGUUUGCUGGUGUGCCCACCAUGCGGGAAAGCUCUCCGAAGCAGUACAUGCAGCUGGGUGGACGAGUGCUGCUAGUCCUCAUGUUUAUGACGCUGCUGCAUUUUGACGUUAGCUUCUUUUCGAUCCUCCAGAACAUCGUAGGCACGGCCUUGAUCAUCCUCGUGGCCGUCGGCUUCAAGACCAAACUGGCCGCCUUGACCUUGGUCGUCUGGCUGUUCGCCAUCAACAUCUACUUCAACGCCUUCUGGACCGUCCCGGUCUACAAGCCCAUGCACGACUUCCUCAAGUAUGACUUCUUCCAGACCAUGUCCGUGAUCGGAGGCCUCCUCCUUGUGGUGGCGCUUGGCCCGGGCGGCGUCUCCAUGGACGAGAAGAAAAAGGAAUGGUAGAGCAGGAAGACGCAAAAGCAUCAUCUCGGAGUCUGGGGUCUGGGUCCCAGUAUGGGUUCAGUGGGGGAAUAAAAAUAAACUCUCAACAUUUUACAUUAUGUGCCUAUAUUCCCUUCUUAAAGGCACCUUUUUUUUUUUUGAGAAUUCAGUUUUUUAGUUCACGACCGCACUGAUAAUCUGAUGCUAGAUCAUACUUUAUCAAGAAACAUUUGCCUAGAGUCCCUUGUCCCUCUCUCUGUCUUUUGUAAUUUCCUAAAAUUGGAACAAAGAAGCUGACUUGCCAAAUGCCAUCUGGAUACCACAUCCACCGCCUUUAAUUUCCUUGACAGUUUUUUUUUAAAAAAGAAAAACACUUUAAACUACUGUGAUCAGAUAACCUGUUGUAUACUUUCAGUGUGACAGUACUCCGUCUUUAUUUUUGGUUUUGUUUACGUUCUUGAUGCAAUUAAAACAAAGUCACCUCCCAGAUUGAGAACAUCAAUCCAAGUGAUAGAUUUAGUGCAGCCUGUACCAUCGGAAGGAGCUUUUAGACUGCUUAAAAAACCAAAACUCCCCAACACCCAGAGAUGAUCAACCCUUGACACACAGGCAGGAGAAAAAUACCUAAAAUAACUGAAUCCGUUUAGGUUAGUGGGGAGUUUCUGUACCGGUAUCUCGGUUCUUGUAGGGAAUGAAGACAGAGAUUAUAUGCUGUUUGGAUGACACAGGACAACUCAGCUUUUCUUCUGUAAGCAAUUACUACUUUACAAUCGUAGUUGUGGCUUGAUUGAAAAAUUGCACUCUGGGUGUGUGGGUUUUUUUUUGGAAUAGCUGCCCGCAUUCUGUAAAGAAUACAGAACAGUUUUAGGGAACAGAGGCUAAUCUCUCAUAUCAUCCUGUGCCCCCAGCCGGUUUGCCUUCCUGUGUGGGAAGGAGCAGCGCUAUUCCUGGUGCCAGUUGAGUCCCCAGCAGCGCAUAAAGCCGCUUGCCUAGUGCUGAGAACAGCGGCUCCUCCUCCCAGGGCUAGCUGACUCCCUGGCAGCGAGAAGAGUAGCUGCUACAUGCCAAGUCAUUUUCUUUGCGCUGGGAGAGACACAGCACAACAGCAUAGAUCUUGUGCCCAUGUUAUUCUGGGGCAGUACAAAGCAAAUCUAAAUAAGUCUUGUGCAGAUUAAGAACAGUCUGGCUGGAUCAAAAGAUCCCUUCUAGUUUUCCUUUUGGUGCACAACUCCCAGCAGCCUUAACCAGCAUGCACAGUGUUUGGGGAUAAUGGGAGCUGUAGUCUCAACAGCAAGAGGGCAAUGUAAGAAGUUCCGUGGUGGCUCUAGUUCUGCAUUCUGUUCACACAGAGGCCAAGCAGCCUACAAGGAGGCCAUGAAUGCAAGGGAACUCUCCCACCCAUGUUCCCCAAGAACUGGGGUACGUAGGAAUACUGCCUCUGAUGCAGGUUUUCUAUCCCAAAUCUAUUCCUAGUAUGCUUCAUUGGGUGACUCCAUCUUCUAGUAUUAGAUAUUUCUCUCUCUCUC